UAUAUACACACAAUUUUCCUUCCUCGUGAUGCCAUCUAUUUUGUGAAGUGCACCAGCCCCUCCUGCAGCAAAGCACCCCCACAACAUGAUGCUGCCACCCCCAUGCUUCACAGUUGAGAUGGUGUUCUUCGUCUUGCAAGCCUCACCCUUUUUCCUCCAAACAUAACGAUGGACAUUAUGGCCAAACAGUUCAGUUUUUGUUUCAUCAGACCAGAGGACGUUUCUCCAAAAAGUAAGAUCUUUGUCCCCAUGUGCAUUUGCAAACUGUAGUCUGGCUUUUUUAUGGCGGUUUUGGGGCAGUGGCUUCUUCCUUACUGGGCAGCCUUUCAGGUUAUGUCGAUAUAGGACUCGUUUUUCUGUGGAUAUUGAUACUUGUCUACCUGUUUCCUCCAGCAUCUUCACAAGGUCCUUUGCUGUUGUUCUGGGAUUGAUUUGCACUUUUUGCACCAAACUACGUUCAUCUCUAAGAGACAGAAUGCAUCUUCUUCCUGAGCGGUAUUAUGGCCGCGUGGUCCCAUGGUGUUUACACUUGCGUACUAUUGUUUGUACAGAUGAACGUGGUACCUUCAGGCAUUUGUAAAUGGCUCCCAAGGAUGAACCAAAAUUUUCUUUGCCGAUUUCAUUUGAUUUUCCCAUGAUGUCAAGCAAAGAGGCACUGAGUUUGAAGGUUCUCCAAAAGCUUGGCAAAGCCGAUGAGACUAAAGAUCUGGCAUUUGAAGAGGGUGUAAUCAACUUUAACAAACAGCUGGUUGAGGGUACCAAACUGCAGAGAGACCUUCGAGCCUAUUUGGCUGCUGUGAAAGCAAUGCAUGAGUCGUCUAGACGUGUCUACGAGUGCCUGGAUGACAUGUAUGAGACUGAUUGGUAUGGCAGAAAAGAUGUGGACUCCAUCUGUGAGGACUCGGAUCUCCUCUGGACAGACUUCCAUCAAAAACUGGUGGAUCAUGCGCUUAUAUCCAUGGACACUUACCUGGGCCAGUUCCCUGACAUCAAGGCCCGUAUUGCAAAGCGUGACAGGAAGCUGGUGGACUACGACAGUGCCCGACACAAUUUUGCCGCGGUAAACAAAGGCAAGAAAAAGGAGGGGAUCAAGAUCACCAAGCCUGCUUCUCUGCUGGAGAGGGCUGCUCCAGGCUGGGCUCAGGGGAUCCUGUCAGCCCAUAACGUGGCACAGACCAGCCUCUCCAGGAGUCAGGCAGAGGAAGAGUUGGAAAGGGCACAGAAGGUGUUUGAAGAAAUCAAUAUAGAUUUGCAGGAGGAACUGCCAUCACUGUGGAACAGUCGUGUUGGCUUUUAUGUGAACACAUUCCAGAGUGUGGCUGGUCUAGAAGAGAAGUUUCACAGAGAAAUGAGCAAAAUUAAUCAGAAUCUGAAUGAUACGCUGGAGAAGUUCGAAAAUCAAGAUAUGUCCAGAAAUACAGGUAGCCAAAGGGUGAGGAUGUCAGAAGCCCAGAAGAGUGACAGACCGCAAGAUGCCAAUCACACUUUGAGUCCAGGAGCACAGCCGGACAUUCCAAAAUCACCAUCUAAGCUACGGCCCGCUGUUCCUCCACCUCCUAAAGUUACUCCAUCAAAGGACCUGAAGCAGGAGAGCAUUAUCAAUCUCUUCAAUGAGGCUGCCACUCCAAAAUUCAGUGUCACCUCGCCAACACAGUAUGAUGCUCCCGCCACUGCUAAUCUGCUGGACAUGGACCUGGAUUCACUUCAGGCUGCCACCACCCCAACACAGACAUGGGAUUCAUGGGGGCAAGCAGAAAAGGAAGCUGAGGUGCCCCAGACAUGGGACGAUGAUGGUACCCAGCCUGUGGGCUCUAGCUGGGGUGAUGAAGGUACUCAGGCUACCUGGGAUGAUGAUGGUAGCCAACCUGUGCAUGCUCCGGCUGCAUACCCCUCCUGGGAUGAUGAUGGCUCUCAUCCUGUGCAAGUGAAUGACAAUGAUUCUGCCCAGCAGGCCCAGGGGUGGGACGAUGAUGGGGCUCAGGCCACAGAAGGUGCAACUGCUACAGAAGUAGAUGCUGCAACAGGAGCUGAAACUACAGCAGAGUCAACCAUUGAGAGCCCAGAGAGUGUAGAGAUGCCGGAAGCCUUCCUGUUCAAAGUGAAAGCAAUGCACGACUAUGCUGCCAAUGACUCUGAUGAGUUGGAAUUGAAGGCAGGAGAUGUGGUGUUGGUGGUGAACUUCGAUAAUCCAGAUGAGCAGGAUGAUGGGUGGUUGAUAGGAGUCAAAGAAUCUGACUGGAUUGAGUCUAAAGGUCAUGGGAAGAAAGGAGUCUUUCCGGAAAAUUUCACCCAGAGGAUGUGAGAGCCUGGACAUCAGCCUGAUCUGUGACACUUCAACCCCUGGCCAUUCUUUAUUAAUCUCUGUUACUCACAUUCUGAACUUUCCUUGAAAUUGCAAAUAUGGAAAAACUUACACCAACAAAUGCAGACAUACACCCACAGGCAAUCUGUUGGUUAAGUCUGUGGAAGUUGUUUAUAUUGUUGAUAGGUUAGUAUUUGUAUUGUUUUGGGUGUCCUCACCAUGGCUCGAAUUUGUCAUAGUGUAAGGACUGUAUGAAAUUGGAUAAACCUCUUCUUUGACAAAAGAAAUGUGGCAUUCUGUUACAUUGUUUUGCAUUUUUUAAUAGAGGUAAAGCUGUUUCACCUUCCAGUGAGUUCCAUACCCAAAGUUAGGAAAUAGUCCAGUUAUUUGCUUAAAAUAUUUUUAGACUAGAUGCUAUUAACCAUGUCCCAUUUUGUGUAGAAAUGUUUUGAAGUCAUAUCCCUAAAUCACAUAUCCAAAACCUAAAAGAUGAGCUCUCAAAAUGUUGAGGAAACUGCUAAUCCAUGUGGUCUAAUACUGAGCACUGUUUAAGCUGUAUAUAUAUUGCUUAAAGGGAUAGUUCACCCAGAAAUGAAAACUCUCGCAUCAUUUACUCACUCUCAUGUCAUCCCAAAUGUGUAUGACUUUCUUUCUUCUUCAGAACACAUGAAGAUUUUUUGAAGAAUAUCUCAGCUCUGUAGGUCCAUACAAUGCAAGUGAAUGGUUGCCAAAACUUUGAAGCUCCAAAAAGCACAUAAAGGCAACAUCAAAGUAAUUCACAUGACUCCAGGGGUUAAAUCCAUGUCUUCAGAAGCAAUAUAAUUGGUGUGGGUGAGAAACAGGUCAAAAUGUAAGUAAUUUUUUUUUACCAUAAAUCUCUACUUUAACUUUCACUUCCACAUUAUUGAUCUUUUUUUUUUUUUUUUUUUUUUUUUUUUUUUUUUUUGGCGAUUUACAUUCUUCGUGCAUAUUGCCACCUACUGUUUGCAGCUGGUAAAAGGUGGAGAGCUGAGAUAUUUUCCUAGAAAUCUUAAUCUGCUGAGCUCUCUUCCGUGGAAAUGGAAUUUCACUACUCAGUGUCAAAGAUCUACCAGCACCAUUUUUCCUGCAUGUUUAAAUCAGUAACAAAAAAAAACAAAAAAAAAGUAAAAA